AUGGCUGUAGGAAACAACACUCAACGAAGUUAUUCCAUCAUCCCGUGUUUUAUAUUUGUUGAGCUUGUCAUCAUGGCUGGGACAGUGCUGCUUGCCUACUACUUCGAAUGCACUGACACUUUUCAGGUGCAUAUCCAAGGAUUCUUCUGUCAGGACGGAGACUUGAUGAAGCCUUACCCGGGGACAGAGGAGGAGAGCUUCAUCACCCCUCUGCUGCUCUACUGCGUGCUGGCUGCCACCCCAACUGCUAUUAUUUUUAUUGGUGAGAUAUCCAUGUAUUUCAUAAAGUCAACCAGAGAAUCUCUGAUUGCCCAGGAGAAAACAAUUCUGACUGGAGAAUGCUGUUACCUGAACCCCUUACUCCGAAGGAUCAUAAGAUUCAUAGGAGUAUUUGCUUUUGGGCUUUUUGCUACUGAUAUUUUUGUAAACGCCGGACAAGUGGUCACGGGGCACCUGACCCCGUAUUUCCUGACGGUGUGCAAGCCCAACUACACCAGUACAGACUGCCGGGCACACCACCAGUUCAUCAACAACGGGAACAUCUGCACCGGGGACCUGGAAGUGAUAGAGAAGGCGCGGAGGUCCUUUCCCUCCAAACAUGCGGCUCUGAGCAUUUACUCUGCCCUGUACGCUACGAUGUACAUCACAAGCACAAUCAAGACGAAGAGCAGCCGACUGGCCAAGCCAGUGCUGUGCCUCGGGACCCUCUGCACAGCCUUCCUGACGGGCCUCAACCGGGUCUCCGAGUAUCGGAACCACUGCUCUGACGUGAUCGCGGGCUUCAUCCUGGGCACUGCGGUAGCCCUGUUUCUGGGAAUGUGUGUGGUCCAUAACUUUAAAGGAACACAAGGAUCGCCUUCCAAACCCAAGCCCGAGGACCCCCGUGGAGUACCCCUCAUGGCUUUCCCGAGGGUAGAAAGCCCUCUGGAAACCUUAAGUGCACAGAAUCACUCUGCCUCCAUGACCGAAGUUACCUGA